AUGGAAUGUUUGAGAAAGUUUACCGCUGUUAAACGAAAGUACAUUGAAGCAUUUGAAGAAUGUGAGACCCGGAAGCACCUGGAAUCGUUGCCUUCAUCCAGUAAAGAUCAACAACUACUUGAUAUCGAAGUAUCAGCCGGCAGCUCUGCCGGAACCACUCAAACCUUCACUCCUGGCCCCGAGACCCGGAAGCACCUGGAAUCGUUACUUUCAUCCAGUAAAGAUCAACAACUACUUGAUAUCGAAGUAUCAGCCGGCAGCUCUGCCGGAACCACUCAAACCUUCACUCCUGGCCCCGAGAUCCGGGAGCACCUGGAAUCAUUGCCUUCAUCAAGUAAAGAGCAUCAACUACUUGAUAUCGACGUAUCAGCCGGUAGCUCUGCCGGAACCACUCAAACCUUCACUCCUGGCCCCGAGAUCCGGGAGCACCUGGAAUCAUUGCCUUCAUCAAGUAAAGAGCAUCAACUACUUGAUAUCGACGUAUCAGCCGGUAGCUCUGCCGGAACCACUCAAACCAUCACACUCAGCCCACAUGUGAACAACGGAGCAGUUGCUUUCUCUAAUCGAUGA